GUGGAAGGUGAGGAACGCGCUCUCUGCAGUCUGCCCACCUCUGGCAGUCAAGCGGACCCCUAUUUGUUGCGGGGAAGGUUGGCAGGUCCGUGCCCCGCGACGCGAGCCCGCGGCCGAAAUUUCACGCAACCAAACCAAACCCCAAGCCAAACCGGAGGAGAGAGAGGUAGCAGCAGAGCGAGCGCGGGGCGGCAGCAAUGUCGGCGCUGCAGAGCUGGCGCAAGGCGUACGGCGCGCUCAAGGACUCCACCACCGUCAGCCUCGCCAACCUCAACUCCGACUUCAAGGAUCUGGAUGUGGCGAUCGUGAGGGCCACCAACCACGUGGAGAGCCCGCCCAAGGAGCGCCACCUGCGCAAGAUUGUGGCGGCGACCUCCAUCGCGAGGCCCCGGGCGGACGUCGCCUACUGCAUCCAUGCGCUUGCCCGCCGACUCGCCAAGACACGGAAUUGGAUCGUUGCCCUGAAGACACUUGUGGUGAUUCAUAGGCUUCUCCGCGAAGGUGAUCCUGCAUUCCGUGAAGAGUUUCUUACGUUUACACAAAGAGUGCGGAUUUUGCAGCUGUCAAACUUCAAGGAUGACUCCAGCCCUAUUGCUUGGGAUUAUUCUUCAUGGGUUCGCACAUACGGUUUGUUUUUGGAGGAAAAACUAGAAUGCUUCAGGGUCUUGAAGUAUGACAUUGAAGCUGAGUGUUUACCCAAACAAGGUCAAGGACCUGAAAAGGGCCACAGUAGAACUAGAGAAUUAAAUUCUCAGGACUUGCUGGAGCAAUUGCCGGCACUGCAGCAAUUAUUAUAUCGACUUAUUGGAUGUCGGCCAGAAGGAGCCGCAAAUAACAAUUAUCUGGUGCAAUAUGCUCUAGCUCUGGUUCUUAAAGAAAGCUUUAAAAUUUACUGUGCAAUAAAUGAUGGAAUUAUCAACCUUGUUGACAAGUUUUUCGAGAUGCCAAGGCACGAAGCACUCAUGGCUCUUGACAUUUACAGGAGGGCUGGUCAGCAGGCUGGAAGCCUAUCUGACUUCUAUGAAAGUUGUCGGAGCUUAGAGCUUGCAAGAAAUUUCCAGUUUCCCACUCUGAGGGAGCCACCACAAACUUUCCUUUCAACCAUGGAUGAGUAUGUGAAGGAGGCUCCACGAAUAGUACCAGUUACAGAGCCACUGGAGCUUCCUGAGCGACUUCUUCUGACAUAUAAACCGGAAGAAGCAGAAGAAGCUCCUGAGCCUGUUCCUAUUGUAGAGGAAAAACCACAAGUUGUUGAAGAACCUGCUCCAGUACCAUCUUCUUCUGAAAUAGCUUCACCUCCUCCCAAGCCUGAGAUCGCAGAUACUGGUGAUUUACUGGGGUUAAGUGAUCCAAACCCUUCUGUGUCGGCAAUAGAGGAGAGCAACGCUUUGGCCUUGGCUAUUAUUCCAACAGGCGUUGAUAAUUCAAGAACAAACACACAGCAAGAUAAUGGAUUUGAUCCAACAGGAUGGGAACUUUCUCUUGUUGCUACUCCAAGCAGCAAUACGAAUCCACUGGCUAUGGAGAGUAAUUUGGGCGGUGGAUUUGACAAGCUCACAUUGGACAGCCUAUACGACGAGGGAUCCUACAGGCAGAUGCAGCAACAGCAGCUAUAUGGCUCAGCCCCUCCCAACCCUUUCAUGGCAAGCGAUCCGUUCGCAACGUCAAAUCAAGUAGCUCCCCCGCCGUCAGUUCAAAUGGCCAUCAUGGCUCAGCAGCCCCAGCCUCUGAUGAUUGAAGCAAAUCCUUUCGGACCGCCACUACAGCCGCAGCACACCGGCAUAGCUCCCGUGGCAAACCCCUUCCUCGACGCCGGGUUCGGCGCGUUCCCGGCAGCGAAUGGAAUGCACCCACAGGCCAACCCGUUCGGAGCGGCGCAGCUUCUCUAGGCAUACAGUGCGCACGAGAUCUGGAAUGUGUAGAAAUCCAUACGAGAUGAGCAAUCUGCUUGCCGAAGCGCGGCUUUCCUUCGUGAUCAGUGAGGCUAAUCACCACGCCAUCUUUGUGUUUGCAUCUCUAUAGGCUUCGGCCGCUUGACCAUUCUUGUGUAGCUCUCCGUUUUGAUGUGCAUUGGUUUUUAACCAUCUUAGGGGCGGCCAUGGGACCCCUCCUUGUAAAGAAAUUUGUUUUUGCUGAUGUAAAACUACAUGGCAAUAAAAAGUAGCAGUCCAGGACCCAGUUAACUCGUUC